GAGGCGGAGCGCGUGGGGCUUGAGAGAGCGCCGGAGGGCGGAGCGUGAGGGGGCUGAGGCGCCGGCCUGGUCCGUCCCAGGUUUCCCUCUUAGCGGCGCGUCCCGUGGAACCAUGGCGUCUGGGCUUGGCAGCGAGGCGGGGCCGGAUAUGAGGCUGAACAUGGCACUUGGACAGCAAGAAACAGAUGAGAUUUUUAGAGCUACUGUUGAGCAGAAAAGUGUCCCUGGUGGUGAUGGCAUGCCAGGAUCCAGGAUGACAGACCAAAGCUUGUCAAUUCUAAUCACAGAGUAUGAUAAACUCUUGGAAGAAACGAGAAAACAGCUGUGGCUUGGUCAGGCACAAAUGAGUGAGAUGAGACAAAAAUUUGAACAAGUCACUGAGGAAAAUGAAAGGCUGCAUGCAGAGUUGAAGGAGAAUCUUGAGAAUCAACUGGAAGCUCUUCCUUUCAUGCCUGUGGGAACUGAUAUUCCUGCAGAUGAACAAAUAGUGAGAAACCUGCAGGAACAACUAAAACUGGCAAAUCAAGAAAAAGAACAAGCAAUAGAGCUCUGGCAGACUGCAUCACAGGAGUGUGAUCGACUCCAGCAACAGUACCAAGAACGGAUGACUGAAACACAGGUUCACGUGGCUGAAAGGCAAAAGCAGAAAGAUCAACUGACUGGCUUUCAACAGUUGACUUGGCAACUGCGUAUAGCCAAAGAGAAAAUAGAGUUGAGCAAUCAACAGUUUCUGAAGACUGUAACAGAACUUAAUAUGGAACUAGAGCAGCUACAGAAACAACUGAGGCAAGCCAAAAUAGAGGCACGGGCAGCAAAUGCUAAGACUGAUGAAAUGACCAGAUUAAUGGAGAAACUUCAAGGCCAGUUGGAGAGAAAGGAAGAAGACAUGAUAUCUGCCCAGCGAAGAGAAAUAGCAUCUGACAAACGCUUGCAGCAGACACAGUCGAGUAUAAAACAAUUAGAAGCAAGAUUAUGUGUUACUGUCCAAGACACUGAACAGCUGAGAACAGAAAGAACAGCCCUGGAGAAACAAAUCGGGGAGCUUCAGACGAAGUACGCUAAUCUAGAAAGGGAGAAGUGUGAUGCUGUUGCAAAAGUCCAAGAUUGUGUACAACUCUUAGAAGAAGCUAACCUACAAAAAAGUCAGGCACUGUUUGGGAAGAAACAAAAGGAAGAGGAAAUUGAAAAGAUGAAAGAAGAAAUGUCUAAACUUGCAGAAGAUACUGCUGCAAGAAUUAGAAAGGCAGUAGACUCUGCAAAGAAGCAAUAUAAUAUACAGAUUUCUCGACUAACAGAAGAGCUUUCAGCCCUUCAGAUGGAAUGUGGAGAAAAGCAGAGUCAACUUGAACGAGCCAUUAGGGAAAAGAAAGCAGUGGAAGAGGAACUUGAAAAGGUCUACAAGGAAGAAAGAGGACGUGAAUCUGACAAUAGAAAACUAGAGCAACUGCAUCAGAAAUAUUUACUUGCAGAAAGUAUGAAAGGUGACCUUCAGCUAAGUCUGCAGACAACACAAAAUAAGCUGAAACAACUGGAAAUGAACUCUGAGGAAGAGAAAUCUCGUUGCCAGGAGCUUAUCAGUAAGUUGCAAAGCGUUCUGGAUUCAGAAAGAGAGAAGAGUGCCUUUGUCAGUGAGCAAAGGCUAAAACUUCAGCAAGAGAAAGAGCAAUUGCAAAAAGAAAUGGAAGGCUUGAGAAAACUAGCCACAGAGGCUCAGAAAAAAGCUAAAAUAAAGAUAAGCACAAUGGAGCAUGAGCAUGCUGUGAAAGAACGAGGAUAUGAAGCUCGACUUAAGGAAAUGGAGGACACCAGUCAAAAGUCUACUGCUGAACUUAGGCGUCUGUUAGUAGCUCAGCAAAAAGCAACGAAUCAGUGGAAAGAAGAAACAAAAAGUCUUACCGAAACUACAGAAGCCAGGAUCAGCAAGCUAAAAAGUGAGCUGAAUCAGCAAAAACUCCGUAGCCAGGAGCUCAUAUCUCAACUGGAAAUGGCAAAUGAAAAGGCAGUUGAGGAUGAAAAAUUAAUGAUGGACUAUCGAGAAUACAUCAGUAGCCUUCAAAGGCGACUGAGCCAGGCAGAACAGAGGGCAGCUACAGCAUCUCAAAAGCUCAGCUUGAUAACUACACAGAAGAAAAAAGCCACUUCCCUGAAGGAUCUGGAAAACAUUUGAAAAAUAAAAAUAUUCUUCAUUGACACCAUGAUAGAGUUCAGAGAUUGCUGGAGAAACUCCGUAUUGGAGCACUGAAGUCAAAGACAUAGCAAGGCUUGUAAAAUAUAAAUAUUUUCUCUUCAGGUAAGGAGAGUUGAUGAAGAUGCUUUAUCUGUACGCAACGUAAAGACUGCAAAAAGACUGCAAAAUGUAAAUUAAGUCUUUAAUGUAGCAGAUGAAACAAUCUGAUACAGUGCUGGGGCAUGUGGGACUUUUUUGGUCUCGAAAACAGCACCUCCAACUCUAACAAGAUUGCGUAUAGGAGCAGAUAAAAUUCCAUUGAAAUUAAUAAACAGCUUUGCUCACGUGCAGCCAAUACCUUUAAUUGUUCUUUACGGUGCAGUAACUUGGGAACAUUUUGAAGAGCCUUUAUGAACUGUUGUAACACACUGAUUUCACAAUGAAUGUCAAAGAGUUCCUGGUUUUAUGGUAGGUGUUACACAUGUAAAAUGCCCCCAUUGCCUUCCAGUUUUAAGAAUUCAGUUUGGUUUGUGCUGAUGCCUGUGGGAAACGGGUAGUAAAUAAAGCGCUGCUAUGGCUGUUCAUACAGCUGGUUUCUAAGGACCGGAAUCUUUCUUCAGUUGUGCUUUUUCCUCCCAAUUACUGUUUUACAAUUGUUCCUUGCUUUUUCAUUGAUCUGCUCUCUUGGUUUGUGUGUGUCUGAGAAAUUCCAUUCUCUUCUUCACUUUGUACAAAGUCGGUGAAGGCAUCCAGUCAUCCAGCUUUUAUGCAUUUGGAAACUGUGUGUUUGAAUUCUUCACAUGCCAGGAUGUGGGAAUCCUCUUGCAUACGUUUAAUAGUUGAGGAACUUUGUAUGUGUCAUUCUAAAAUCAGACUUGAGCUAUGUUUUCUCUUUCAGCACAUAUUAUAAAUGUUUGAUAGGUGUUAACUGAUUCUGAAGCGCUCCCAUCUUGGGCUUAGGUACCUGAUGUAAUUUCUUGUCCUUUUUUGUAAAUGCAAAGAGUGUAAUUAUGGUUAAUAACUCUUAAUUCAGUUGAUGGAUAACACUUGCCUAAUUUAUAAGGAAAAACUGUUGUUUUGGACUAACAAGCCCAUACGCCUGUUGCAGUGGACCUUCACCAUAUUUGCAUUUUAGAGGGCUGAUCGCCACAUGUCAUUGACGAGUUUGUGCUACCUCCUGGAAAACCUGGCUGUUAAGUACAGCUUACAGGAUGCCUUCAACCUCAAGAAUAAAAAUCCUGCUUAUUAUUUCCUGCAAUUCUUUACUCCUACUUUCUCAGUUUGAUACAUCCCUGUAUCCAUUGUGGUCUCUUUUUUGCUAAAAGACUUCAAAGAACAAGGGUACAUUGUCCAGAAGCUCCAAACAUCUGGUGCUGUGAGGUUUUAAUCAGUCAACCACAUAUACGAUGGAAGGGAAGGUAAGAACCAAGCGCCUCAUUUUCAUUUGCAUAGUGCAUAUCUGAGAUGAUAAGGAGACCACCUGUCUACAAGAGACAUCAUUUUAUGUGAGCCAUUAAUCCUGGUUACUCCUUAAAGAGAUGCUUUAGCUGUGAAGUGAAACCUGGCUGAAAAUGGCAGGUCAGUUCUUGGGCUAGAACUUUUGUAUUUGUGUAUUUGUUGCUUGAGGCACAGAAGGGCACCUGCCUGGUUCCCUUUUAAUUAUGGGUACAUUGAUUUCAGCACGUGCUGUAGCUCUUGUUGAAGGGUUCUUUGCCAGAAUAUGAAUUGCAGUGGUGACACAAGUAUCUCCCAGUACAGUGAAGGGGCAGCCGAGCAAUUAUGGCAGCCAACACCGGAAAUAAAAAAAUGUCCCCUUCCAUCUGCCUGCCUAAUCCUCCAAGCAGCUAAAAAUUGACCCAGUCCAUCUGUCUGAACCACAGAAAGGAAUGUGGUCAGGUUAAGCUUGUCACCCUACAACCACCUCCUUUCAGUUCCAUUUGGCUUCUAGAGAGGUUUCUGGCAUGUUGCUCACAAGUUGGGCUUUCAGAGGAAAGGCCCUAGCCGAGGCAAUUAAAAUUUGAGGCUUGCUGGUUAGGUACGAUUUGCUUUUUCCCCAUAUAUAGGAUUAUUUCAUGGAAUCGAGCUGCAGGCUUUUCAACCAUCUGUCUUGGUUGUUUUACAUUUGUUUCCAUCUAUGUAUUUUUUGUCACUCUUCUAUUGAAAAGUUGCGUCUCCUCUGCCUGCCUUUCCCACACCAACACCAAGUUUUGACUGCUUUUUUAAAGAUUCCCCGGUGUAAUAUUAAUGCUUCCCAUUGUAUAAAAACUAUUUAAGACAAGUUUCAAGGUAAAGAGUAACUUCCCUUCAACAGGAGAGAGAAACUGACUGUGAAGGAAGUAGGAGUUUCAUUUUGGGUCCUCCCGAGAGCCCUGUAGCAGAUACUAAAGGACCUCUCGCUGCACACAAGAACCUUUUCCAUGGUCUGUUUAAGCGGUUUCGCCAGCUGGCCUCAGCUCUGACCCAGCCUUGCUCGGGUAACCCUGGCACUGCAGGGCCUUUCAGCAAGAUCUGUAAAGCAGCUGCAGGAACCCUUCUCAGACUUGGAUUUACAGCCUGAAAAGUUUUCUUACCAGUAACUCUUAGGGGCCCAUCCCUUCAUCUUCGUUCUUUGACCUAUGUUCUUGAGGGGCACCACUCAGUUGCCCACAUGGUGACUGCACGUGAUGCAAGUACAGAUCUAAGAAAAAUCACUUACCAUACCUGUUUUCUAAGAUGUCCUGCCAGACCUGUGCCUUCACCGCCUUGUCCUUUUCUGGUCUUGCUUCAAGUCUGUUCCAUGUUUCCACAUCUUGAGUGUAGAGGAAGCAAGAGGAAAGGACCUCCUGUGCCCUUCAUGUCUUGUCCUCUAGAGAUCCUGCUAUAGCAGCGAACGCUCUCUGUCAGCAUUGCUUGAGUGUAGGUGGUUCAUAAUGGAUGUCUAUCAGCGUUCUUAUCUGGGAGAUGGGCCAGUGAGAAGCCUCCCAUUCUUCUUCCAGUGGAAUGUGGAUGAAGAUUAUGGACUUCAGAAGGACAUCACAUAUCAACAAAUGUAAUCUAUUUGAGGUAAGCGACAUCUCUUUGAGGAUUUCAAGGCCCAAAAGCAAACAGGUUUCUGUGGAUGGGAUGGGCACUGCUGCCAGUAACAAAUCCCUCCAAAAAAAAUCCUCUUGCAACUCUAGGGUGUAUUUUGAUACCUCUCAUAAUCCAAAUUAAAGCUUAAUUUAACCAGGAAGGUUGUUCGCAUCACUGCAGUGCAAUGUUUAACUCAAGCAAAUUCUAAAACGCUGCUGGCAAGGAUACUGCAAAAAUGUACAGCAUUUAUUCACAUACAGACAAAAAGGCACAAUUCUACUGAAUAUUUUAACAAAAAAUACAGCUGUCUUCAACUAGGUCUUUAUAAAUACUUCAAAAAAGGGAGAAAAUAAAUACAGGAUUGGGCCAUGUAAUAUAAAAUAGUCAUCUCUACAUAUACUUUUUAUUUCUAUCUGUUUCUCUUCAUGCACCUUUUGUAAUUCAUUUCAGCUGAAUGGACACCAAAGCGAGGCACAUGGUGAAAAAUCUUCUGUACAAGGUUUUACAAAUGUCAUGACAGUUCUCUCCAAUUUCUGAAAUUCAGAUUUAUACACAAGACGUAUAACCCUUCAUUGAGAUUUGUGGGAGUUUACAACCUAACAAAUGGCAUUCCAGGCAACUUUACAGAAGUUCAACUAGCCUACGGUUUGACAGAAUACACCAGUCAGCAUCGCAGAUCUCUUGGUCAGUCUGCACGAGGAAAGGUAGCGCUUAAAAACAGAAAUCCAGCAAAUGGUUCUAUCCCAAUAAAAUACAGGGCUGGGUUUGUAUUGUCACUGCUGUACUUACGCUGCCUCUUCUGCUGAGUGCUAAGCACGGGAGACAAAACUAACCUACAGAGCUGGUCACACUGCAGUCGUCUUAGAGCUUUUUUGGUUUUGGUUCUGCUUAACUUAGAAAGCUUAUUAACCUAAAUGUCGGGGAGCAAAACAGGUAAGGCAUUAAUUCUGCACAAUGGUAGCAUUUAUAAUAGUGCAAAUUAACAAGGUACCUCUUCCAAACUGGCGUGAGGUUCAGUGUUUACUUAGAAUCAAAAUUUUGAUUAUUCCAUCUAUGGCUUGACAAAUAAUUCCCUAUAGUCAUGAGCUUCUUAUAGAAAUAAGAGUGCCUGUCUGGAAAACGAUGCUGUAUGUCGAGUAGAACUUACCUGCGUUCACCUUUUGUCUGUCUGUUGUUCUUUGAUUGAGUAAGGACUUUUAACAUAUCCCAAGAGCGACUGUAACUUCAGAUUCACCAGAGCCCUGUUUGACUUUCACCUCUGGAAGUCUCAAAGUUAAUCAAACGUCUUGGGAGCAGCAGUGGUUUUCUACAAGUACGCUAUCUUACACAAAAUUCCCAUUCCUCAACAUCACCCCAAAAGGUAUCAAAAGGUUAAGACUUUUGAGUUCACAAACAAAUGAUGGGGAUACGUUCUCUUGCCGUGUUUAAUUAAGUGAUAACUUGCAUAGCAAGGCAGGGUGUUACUAAGCCUUGGUUUUUUUUCAAUUGACUCCUCGGGAAGACUCCGUUCUUGCAGAGUUCUACUGUGUUUUAAACGUUCCCUGCUCAGGAGGCUAUGGUCUCGCGUUAAGUGGUGAGCGGAUGGGGUAACGGCAGGCUAGGAGUAGGGAAAGGGUGGAGGGGGGCGUCUUUCUGUUCAUGCCUGUCUUUCUGUAACACAUGGGUGCUUAAAUAUCUUCACCAGUACGAACCUGACGUACAUAGAUGCAGAAUUCCAACAUUUACAGGCUCCUAUCACUCCACUGGUUUAUGUGCACUCAGUACAAAACAGUAUCCUAAUGAUCUGUGACAUUAUUGCUCAUAGCUUACUAGUUAUUGCCAUUUGCAAUUAGUAAAAAAAAAAGUACACAAUCAGAAAAUGAGUUCCCUCUUCCAUCAAAUCUAGUCCAGAAUAGAAUGAAAUAUUUUUUUUCUUCAUUUGACUGUAAAGAGCUAAUCACAAUUUAUUGCCUUUUCAUUUUAUUCUACUUAAAAAUAUAUAUUCAUGUCCACUUUUAAAGCAACCCUUUAGUGUCCUAAGCCUGGCUUUCCCAAUACAUACCAUUAGUGCAUAUCUCGUGGGCUUUGGGAAAUCCUACUGCCUAGUGCCUUCGAAAUCUCUCUCAUGAAUUGUCCUGUACUCCUGGGGGCAGGCGCCGGGUUAUCCUGCGGGGUGCAGUAACCCCCACGCCUGCUCCCUUUCGCAGAACUGAGUCACUUGAGAGCAUCCUCUGUGCUCAAGUCUGAGUCUUUUCAAGCUGUUGCACCGCAAGGCAGCUCCAGUCCUGACCUCUCUUUACAUGUAAACUCUGGAACUCGGGGAGGGUUUUCAGCUGCCCUUCUACGCUCAAACUGAAUGCAACAGAAAACAUUCUGCAAACAGAGGAGAAAGACCUGCCACCAUCCAAGGGAAGUGGCCGUUUGUCAUGGGGAUUAGCAGUGCAGCGUGGUUAAACAACCAUCUUUGAUUCAAUACACCUCAGUUAAAUUAAGAGCUUGUGCUUUUCCAGGAGGCAGGGGAAGGGAGUACUAUUUUAUCAGUGCUUUUUAGCUAAAAGGGAUGAAUGCAGCUUCCUUCCCCCUCUCCACCCUAGCCCCUUCUAAAAGGUUUUUGUAAGUUUUUCUAGUGUUCAUCACAAAUUGUAUUUUAAUAGCGAUGGCAUUUCUCUGUUACUCAGGACAGCUGCAAAUAAAGGAGAUUCAAAUUUCUUACAGAAUUUGAGGGGCGGAGGUAAAGCCCCCCCCCCAGCUUUAAGUGCAUGUAAACAUGUUUAUACAGCUCAAG